GAGAGAGAGGGGAGAGGGGGGACAGGGAGGGAGAGGCUGAAGAGGGGAGAAAAGACGACGGGAAGAGGGAGCCGCGGAACCGACUGGACUCUACGGGACACUGGUGUGUGCGCCCCCUCGCUGACGAGCAAGAGUCGCCAUUCGCAACGCAGCGGCGCUGACAUCCGCAAGGCUGUCCGUGCCAGGCUACGUGCACCAGGUGCAGAGAUGCCCAUGCUCCUGCCGCUCCUCGCCCUCCUCCUCGUCACUUCGGGCAUCGCGACCCCUGCCCAAGAGCUACGUUUGGACGCGAGGGCUGCCCCCCUCACGACGGGGAGCCCCCCUCACCACCCCCAACCCUCACAAGGGCCCCCUGUACUUCACGUGCGUCGUGGGGACUCCGUGAACCUGAGCUGCAGGGCGAGUACGCAUCGCGUGACCUGGCGACUCCACCCGCUGGGGGGCGUGCCCCCUGACCCCGUGACCUCCACCGUCGGCCCCCCCGUGCUGGUACUGCAAUCGGUGCGCGCCACCCAGGCUGGGAAGUACGAGUGCCUGGAGUGGGGCACCUCCACACUCCUGGACGUGGUGGAGCUCAGGGUCGGAGAGCCCCCCGCGGUGCCCGAGCUGCACUGUCGCUCGCGGAGUUACCCCGAGAGCUUCACCUGCUCCUGGCGCGUGCCCCCCACAGGGGGGCUAGCCGACACCGUGGUCGCCACGUACUGGCACGCGUCCAACGGCUUGGAGUUGCCGUGCCCCCCCGAGGCCCCCCCCAGCGGGGCUCCCUCCACAGGGGCCCCUCCUGCUGCCACGGUGGGGACCUGCACGGUGCGCGAUCCGUUGCUGUUCAGCACGAGCCGGUACCGUGUGAGCGCCAGGGCCAUCAACGCCUAUGGCCACAGCCGCACGGCCACCACGUUCUUCCUGCUCGAUUCCAUUGUGAUGCCGGACCCCCCCAUCGGGGUGACGAUGACACCCGUGUCCGGACAGCCACGCCAACUGCUGGUUACGUGGCAAAUGCCGCCCACGUGGUCCAACGACCCCGGGUUCCAGCUGCUGUACGCCGUGCGUUCGCGCCACCCGCAGCAUGAAACAUGGAGGGUGUUGGACGACAGGCUGGACGAGCCGCGGUUCCUCGUGAAGGACGCUCGGCCCGGCGCGCCGCUGCUCGUCGAGGUGGCAGCGCGCGACCGCUUCGUGGGCAAUUGGAGCGAGUGGAGCGGUGCCGGGAGCUCCUGGGUCGAAACCACCACCUCAGAGAAUGUGACGACGGCCGGGAUAUUAACAGCAUCGCCCAACGAAGAGUGGGGGGAGUGCUUCACAACAGAUCCUCCAAAGUGUACUAAACUCCUCUGCUCCAACCUCUUCAUCCUCGCCAUCUUCCUUGGCUUCCUGACCCUCAUCACGGCCUCCGUGCUCCUCUACACUUGUCGCCGCCGCCUCAAGUUCCUCGCUCUGCGUUGCUCCGGGAAGGGGGGCUCCACUGUGGGAGGAGGGGUGGAGGACCCCCCCUGCUCCACCCCUCUGGAGGGAGUCACGUGCUCCGGGGGGGGCGGGAGUCUGGGCUAUCACGCGCUCAAGUCGCCCUCGGGGCCCGUACACUGACCCCCCCCCCUCGCCUACCCCCACGUGGUAGCCCUUCACCAGGGCGGUGGUGGAGGUGUGGGGGGGGGGGUGACACCUCCCCCCACGCCCCCGCAAAUAACACGGGUGACGUCACGGAGUUGCGACAUCCGAGUUAAUUAAUGCGGCGUACCAAUUGACCCCGCGUGCCGGCCGUGUCCGACUUCAACGUGCCGCUGAUGUUGAUGGCGAUGUAUCACGUGAAUAUUAUGAAGUUAAACAUGAUGAUAUUAAUAUUACUGAUGAUGAUAAUCGUAAAAAUGUUAAUGGUGAUGAUGGUGACAUGGUGAUUAGUUAUGACGUCACGGAGCCUAGGAUGAGAUUCCAGAUUCGUGUUCUGAUGCUGCCCCCUCACCUGGUCUCUCACUCCUUACCUUUGCCUCACCUGUGUCUCACCUGUUUCUCUUCACCUGGUGCCUCACCCCCACGUACACACACACCUUAAUUCUCACCUGUGCUUCACCCGAUGCCGCAUCUCCCGCCUGUUCCAUACUCCUCACCUAGUCCAUCACCUGUUGCCUCACCUGGUCCCUCACCUCAGCUCUCUCCUGUGCCUCACUUGAUUCCUCACCUCUCUCGUAUCUCACCUGUUCCCCAUGCCUUACCAGGACAGACCAAAGCAAAUGAGAGAAACCGAAUGCUCAAAGGGUAACAAUGCUACAUUCAUGUACAAAAUGAACGUGGAAUGAGGGCGGCUGUCUGUGGAGUGCGAGGCCUGGAAUCAUGACCACCCAGUGGAACCCAACAUAGACAAGGGAUGGCGCUGGGCAUCUUGACCUCCUUAAUAAGUCGCCUUCAAAUACCUUCACCCACCGCUCCGUAGUCUCAUGGAACCUUCUUCCCAACGGCUACCAUUCGAGGGUCCCCUCCAGACUCGGGAAACCUCUGCUCCGAGGCGUUUGGUGUGCCUUGGGCGCAUGUAAGAUACAGGCGGAGGACGGGGUCGGACACCGGGCUAGGCUAGGUGAUACGGGGCCUGCAGAGACGAGACCAGGCAAGGACGAGACUUCACCUCACGGAAGGCACCCCACCACUACCCCCCCUCCCCCACCCCAGGGCAGGCAGCUCCAGGUGAAGACCCAGGUAGUGUUAAGUCUCUGAGUAGGUCCAGGUAGGUCUCCAGGGAGUUCCAGGCAGAUCCCAAGGUAGUGUUAGACAGGUCUCUGAGUAGGUCCAGGUAUUUCUCCAGGGAGGUCCCCAAGUAGUGUUAGACAGGUCUCUGAGUAGGUCCAGGUAGGUCUCCAGGGAGUUCCAGGCAGAUCCCAAGGUAGUGUUAGACAGGUCUCUGAGUAGGUCCAGGUAUUUCUCCAGGGAGGUCCCCAGGUAGUGUUAGACAGGUCUCUGAGUAGGUACAGGUAGGUCUCCAGGGAGUUCCAGGCAGAUCCCCAAGUAGUGUUAGACAGGUCUCUGAGUAGGUACAGGUAUUUCUCCAGGGAGGUCCCCAGGUAGUGUUAGACAGGUCUCUGAGUAGGUACAGGUAGGUCUCCAGGGAGUUCCGCAGGUAGUGUUAGACAGGUCUCUGAGUAGGUCCAGGUAUUUCUCCAGGGAGGUCCCCAGGUAGUGUUAGACAGGUCUCUGAGUAGGUACAGGUAGGUCUCCAGGGAGUACCAGGCAGGUCCCCAGAUGGUGUUAGACAGGUCUCUGAGUAGGUCCAGGUAGGUCUCCAGGGAGUUCCAGGUAGGUCCCCAGGUAGUUUUAGACAGGUCUCUGAGUAGGUACAGGUAGGUCUCCAGGGAGUUCCAGGCAGAUCCCCAAGUAGUGUUAGACAGGUCUCUGAGUAGGUACAGGUAUUUCUCCAGGGAGGUCCCCAGGUAGUGUUAGACAGGUCUCUGAGUAGGUACAGGUAGGUCUCCAGGGAGUUCCGUAGGUAGUGUUAGACAGGUCUAUGAGUAGAUCCAGGUAGGUCUCCAGGUGGUGUUAGACAGGUCUCUGAGUAGGUCCAGGUAGGUCUCCAGGGAGGUCCCCAGGUAGUGUUAGACAGGUCUCUGGGUAGGUACAGGUAGGUCUCCAGGGAGUUCAAGGCAGGUCCCCAGGUAGUGUUAGACAGGUCUCUGAGUAGGUACAGGUAGGUCUCCAGGGAGUUCCAGGCAGGUCCCCAGGCAGUGUUAGACAGGUCUCUGAGUAGGUCCAGGUAGGUCUCCAGGGAGUUCCAGGCAGGUCCCCAGGCAGUGUUAGACAGGUCUCUGCGUAGGCCCAGGUAGGUCUCCAGGGAGGUCCCCAGGUAGUGUUAGACAGGUCUCUGAGUAGGUCCAGGUAGGUCUCCAGGGAGGUCCCCAGGUAGUUUUAGACAGGUCUCUGAGUAGGUCCAGGUAGGUCUCCAGGGAGUUCCAGGCAGGUCCCCAGGCAGUGUUAGACAGGUCUCUGAGUAGGUCCAGGUAGGUCUCCAGGGAGGUCCCCAGGUAGUGUUAGGUCUCUGAGUAGGUCCAGGUAGGUCUUCAGGGAGUUCCAGGCAGGUCUCUGGGUAAAGCUCACGUUGAAAGACGUCUUCCAGAAGAACGGGCCUCGUGUUUUUGGCCGAACGUUUCUUCCGUCUCCGCAGGAAAAUGUCUUCUGGAAUGGGGGUUCCUCAUCGUUUGGAGGAGCCGUCCUCGGUGCCCUCAGGAGAUGUCGUCUUAAAGUCAGGGAUUAGUCAGCCUACUGAAACAAAAUCUUGCGGCGUCAGCUACUGAUGUGAUGAUGGUAGACGUCAGAUUUAGGGACUUAGGAUCUAAAGCUGUUUGAAUCACGUGUGGGUUAAAAGACGACGUCGUAUCUACGGCUUAUGAUAUAAAUAAACAUCUAUAAAAGGAGCUUGCCAUAAAUGUCUUAAAUGUGACUCGGGGUGGAAACCCACUUGCCUGCUGCCUGUGAAUUUCCAAUAGCACAAGGGGAGAGUGUUGAAAGACUCGGGCGUGUGUGCUCUAUGAACAAUAAUGCCAUCAGCAGUUCCUCAAGAACUGCAUUGUAGGCAUCUUGCUCGGUGUCCAUCACAAUAAAUGUGAGCGAAUGUGACUGACUGACAGCAGCAGCAGGUGACGCAGUGGACCGGUUUCAUCAUCACCAGGACUCAUCAGCACGGUACAGUCACCGAUCCUCACUGCUGCAAAGUCUCCCUCUGGCAAGCGUAUACUGUAUGUGUGGAGUGCCCACAUCCACUCUUGAGACCCAUGAGCUUGGUGACAGCCAACAACAAUCACAACAUCUGCAUUGACGAGAAAGCCCCACCAUCACACCAUCACGGCGCACGCUGCUGGGAUGAGUAUCGCACAGCAACACAGAGUUGUGUACACACGGGCUGGCGAUGGUGGCAGUGCUGCACGUGGCCUGUGACCCUGCACUGUGGAGGCAACGUCGAGGGUUGGUGGAUCACACACAGAUGGUGUGAAACUCCCUUCCUGUGGGUGGGCGUCGAGGAGGUACCAUGCCCUGGCUCGCCAUCAGACAGUGGUACAGCAAGUGGACUAAUCGCCAUCUAUUUCAAUCUCUACGGGGAUAGAGCAUUGCCCCCUCGCCCAAGCCCUGGGUUUUCUCCGGGUGCUCUGAGCUUCUACCUCCCCCCCACGUGAAUGAUAAACACAACUCGUCAUUGGUUGGCUGAACACAACUCGUCAUUGGUUGGCUGAACACAACUCGUCAUUGGUUAGCUGAACACAACUCGUCAUUGGUUGGCUGAACACAACUCGUCAUUGGUUGGCUGAACACAACU